UUUGUUUGCUUCUUUCGCCGGGGGAGAGGAAGAAGCCAGAAGGAACGAAUCUAUUACAGAGCUCCGAUGCCUCUUCUACGGACUGAGGAAUCUGCCAAUUAAACUCUAGAUUCUCGAACGGGAGAUCCAAGGGACGAAGCCACUUCCCAAUUCCCAGUCCCCUUCGCCAGAACCCUAGCUUUUCUACCAAUCUAGUUCGAGCACGCUGAUCCAUUUGAUGCUCAAACUAGCCAUUCAGUUGGAGCUGUAUUAAACAAACAAUGGCAGGUUUAUCACGUAGCCUGCUUGCAUGCCUUCACACUGGACAGCUUGCCCUUUUGGCAAUUUUAGUAUCUGGUGGAAUUACAUUGCAAAUUUUGGCGUGUGCUCUAUUCAAUAAUUGGUGGCCUAUGCUAACAGUAAUAAUGUAUGUGAUUCUGCCCAUGCCUUUGUUGUUCUUCGUGGGAUCCAACAGUACUUCACUUAUGUCCAGCGGCAGAGAUGGAUGGGUGAAUUUCACUAAGUUCUUAACAGGGGCUUCAGUGAUAGGAAGCAUCGCAAUACCCUCCAUCUUAAAGCAUGCCGGUAUCAUUGGUUGGGGAGCGCUUUUGAUGGAGCUUUCUUCUUUUCUGAUUUUUGGUGUGGCUAUUGUAUGGUUCGUUCAAAUGAGCAAUGAAGAUAGUUACAAUAUGUUCUGAGAUUUUGGCUGGUGAGAUAUUGUGGCUUCUUUCGGGCCGCUCAUGUCUACCGGAAAACGAACAGAACUGCUGGUUGGGUCAUCUUCUUUACUGCUCAGCACUCAGGAGGGGUCUUUGGGAGAGUCAUAUGUCUGUUCAUUCUUCUCUUCGCCAACUUCUUUUUUAUGACCUUUUAGCUGUACUCAUGCAAGAUCAGUGUGAGCAGCCGUUGUACAAAAAAGAAGAAGAAGAAGAAGAAGAUGAUUACAGUACGUUUUGAGAAUUUGGUUGUGAAUGCAUAUUGGUGUGAAAGAAAACAUUAUUGCAAUCCUGUGCAUGCACAGAGGCAUGCUUUUCAUUGCUAUAACAAAGGUCCCUUUUUCAGCUGAUAUUCAACUGAUAGACAUUGAAGUAUAUAUAUGUAUUAUUGAUGUUUAUAGUAGGGCUUCUUAUUCA